AUGUGCGGAAUACUUGCAGUUCUGGGUUGUUCUGAUGAUUCCCAGGCCAAAAGGGUCCGAGUUCUAGAGCUCUCUCGCAGGUUGAAGCAUCGUGGUCCUGACUGGAGUGGGCUAUACCAACAUGGAGAUUGUUAUUUAGCUCAUCAGCGGCUAGCAAUCAUCGAUCCAGCUUCUGGUGAUCAGCCUCUAUAUAAUGAAAACCAAGCCAUUGUUGUGACGGUGAAUGGAGAAAUUUAUAACCAUGAGGAGUUGAGGAAGAGCAUGCCAAAUCACAAGUUCAGGACCGGGAGCGAUUGCGAUGUCAUUGCCCAUUUGUACGAGGAGCAUGGGGAAAAUUUUGUGGACAUGUUGGAUGGAAUGUUCUCAUUUGUCCUGCUGGAUACCCGUGAUGAUAGCUUCAUUGUUGCCCGAGAUGCCAUCGGAAUCACCUCCCUCUAUAUUGGUUGGGGACUUGAUGGCUCGGUAUGGAUUUCAUCUGAGCUCAAAGGUUUGAAUGAUGACUGUGAACAUUUUGAGAGCUUUCCACCUGGUCACAUGUACUCUAGCAAAGAGGGUGGAUUCAAAAGAUGGUACAACCCCCCUUGGUUCUCUGAGGCUAUUCCAUCGGCACCAUAUGACCCUCUUGUUCUGAGGCGAGCUUUUGAGAAUGCCGUGAUCAAGAGGUUAAUGACCGAUGUUCCUUUUGGGGUUCUGCUGUCAGGAGGUCUGGAUUCAUCCUUAGUUGCCUCUAUUACCGCUCGCCACUUAGCAGGCACAAAGGCUGCUAAGCAGUGGGGAGCACAGCUCCAUUCCUUCUGUGUUGGGCUAGAGGGCUCACCGGAUCUGAAGGCUGCAAAAGAAGUUGCAGACUAUUUGGGCACCGUUCACCACGAGUUUCACUUCACCGUUCAGGAUGGUAUCGAUGCCAUUGAGGAUGUUAUUUACCAUAUUGAAACUUAUGAUGUGACAACGAUCCGAGCAAGUACCCCUAUGUUUCUCAUGUCGCGUAAGAUUAAGUCACUAGGAGUGAAGAUGGUGAUAUCCGGAGAGGGCUCUGAUGAGAUUUUUGGUGGGUACUUAUACUUUCACAAGGCGCCCAACAAGGAAGAGUUCCAUAGGGAAACAUGUCGCAAGAUAAAGGCACUCUACCAGUAUGAUUGCUUGAGAGCUAAUAAAUCAACAUCUGCAUGGGGUUUGGAAGCCCGGGUCCCCUUUUUAGACAAGGAAUUCAUUAAAGUUGCAAUGGAUAUUGACCCUGAGUGGAAGAUGAUAAAGCCAGAACAAGGGCGAAUUGAGAAAUGGGUUCUGAGGAGGGCUUUUGAUGAUGAGGAACAACCCUAUCUGCCAAAGCAUAUUCUCUACAGGCAAAAAGAGCAAUUCAGUGAUGGUGUCGGCUACAGUUGGAUUGAUGGGCUCAAAGCCCAUGCGUCACAACAUGUGACCGAUAAAAUGAUGCUCAAUGCUUCACAUAUCUUCCCACACAAUACCCCUACCACAAAAGAAGCCUACUAUUACCGAAUGAUCUUUGAGAGGUUCUUCCCACAGAACUCAGCUAGGCUGACUGUUCCGGGAGGAGCAAGCGUUGCAUGCAGCACUGCCAAAGCAGUUGAAUGGGAUUCUGCGUGGUCAAAUAACCUUGAUCCUUCUGGCAGGGCGGCAUUAGGAGUCCAUCUUUCAGCUUAUGACCAGAAGUUAACCACAGUCAGUGCUGCAAAUGUGCCAACAAAGAUCAUUGAUAAUAUGCCGCGGAUUAUGGAAGUAACCGCACCCUGA